CUUUUAAUUUAUAAGAUGUAUAGAAGUGGAAGAAGGGAGGAGGGGGACAAAGGGAUAGGAGUUGACAAGAGCCAAAAGAUAGAGAGACCAGCUAGCUUUGAAGGUGCAGCCAUGGAGUCCAUUGCCCAUGAAGAGGCUGGAAAGGAGGAUGAACUAGACUCGGCCAAAGCUGAAAUGGGGGAGGUGAGAGAAGAAAAUGAGAGACUAAAGACCAUGUUGGAGAGAAUUGGGAAGGAUUAUAAGUCUCUUCAACUGCAGGUUUUUGACAUUCUUCAACAAGAACCCUCCAAGAGGCCUGUGGAUUCAGCUCCUGCCAUUGAUGAAGAAUCCAAAGAACUCGAACUAGUUUCCCUUUGCCUUGGAAGAAGUAGUCCAACUGAUGGUAAAAGAGAUGGUAAGUCCAGCAUCGCUAGCAAGGCCAAGGAAGACGACGAUGAGCUGAAUGCUGGUCUCACCCUUGGUUUAGACUCAAAAUUUCAAGUGUCUAAACUGGAUGUGACAGAGUUUGCGUCCAACUCGAGUCCAACCGAGAAUAGUAUCGAGGAGGUGAAGGAAGAGGAAGCUGGGGAGACAUGGCCUCCCAGUAAAGUUUUGAAGACAAUGAGAACCGGAGAUGAGGUUUCACAGCAGCCCCAUGUGAAGAGAGCCAGGGUUUCAGUUAGAGCUCGAUGUGACACGCUAACGAUGAAUGAUGGGUGCCAAUGGAGGAAAUAUGGACAGAAAAUAGCUAAGGGGAAUCCAUGCCCGCGAGCUUAUUAUCGGUGUACAGUUGCACCAUCUUGCCCAGUGAGAAAGCAGGUGCAGAGAUGUGCAGAGGACAUGUCCAUUUUGAUCACUACCUAUGAAGGAACUCACAACCACCCACUUCCGAUGUCAGCCACAGCCAUGGCUUCCACCACCUCUGCUGCAGCUUCCAUGCUCAUCUCCGGCUCUUCUGCCUCUCAGCCAGGCCUUGGUUCCUCACCUGCUGCUACUGAGCUCCAUGGGUUGAACUUCAGUCUCCCUGAUAAUAUGAGAACAAGGCAGCUCUAUGCAGCGAACUCUUCCCCAUUUCCAACUAUUACUCUAGACCUCACCACUACAGCUUCAUCAUCCUCUCAUUUCAGCAGGUUUUCUUCAAGCUUCAAUUCUAGCACCCCAAGGUUCCCUUCAACAAGUCUUAGCUUUUCUUCCUCAGAAUCCAACAGUGUACCUACAGUUUGGGGCAAUGGGUGCCUUAAUUAUGGCAUACUACCACAUAAUAAAGCUCAAAUAGGGUCUCUAAAUCUUGGAAGACAACCACCAGAACAUUUUCAUCAACCCUACAUGGAAAAGAACGGCCAAGCACCUAUUCAACAGUCCUUAACUGAAACACUGACCAAGGUGAUAACAUCAGACCCAAGUUUUCGGACAGUUAUAGCUGCGGCGCUCUCAUCAAUGGUUAGCAGCAGUACCGGCCAACCAAACCCAGGUGCAGGAGAGAGCUUGGGCCAGAAUUUGAAGUGGGGUGAGACUACUCAGGCCAUUUCUACCAACCCAUUGAGCCAGAAUGGGAAGGGAUGUGCACCUGGGUACUUAAAUGCAUCAUCAUCUUCAAAUUCUCAGACAGGAAACUCCAUCCUCCUCCAGCCUCCAUUUCCAGUUUCCAUCCCUAGAAGUGGUACUUCUGGGUCUGCUGCUGAGAACAGGGACCAGAACAACUGAUAGAUUUUCCUAUAAUUCAGAAAAGGAUAUUCUCUUCUAAUGGACUCUUGAAAUUGUUUUUUGACAGGUAGAAUAGCAUACCCUGUCGAUUUUUACAUAAUUAGAAGAGUCCAUUAGAAGAGAAUAACAUUAAUCUUGUGAUUUUGAAUGGAAAUGAACGCAUGGUCGAGUGUUCAGUUUUAUUUUUUCCCCUUUUACAUGUAUACAUAAAAGGCAGUAUGGGAUGGUUUACAAAACCACUAAUCCACACUGAUUGUACCCAACCUUAAUGAUUCUAUAAUAAUUUUACCAUCUGUACGGAUCAAAAAAGUUGUGAGUUGAUCCAGCCAGUGUAGUAAAAGCUUUCUUCCAUAA